AUGUGCCACACCUGCUGCUCCUCAGGCUGCCACUUGGCUUGCUGUGUGCCCAGCUCCUGCCAGGCAGCCAGCUGUGUGCCUGUGAGUUGCAAGCCCGCUGUGUGUGUGCCCGUGAGUUGCAAGCCUGCUGUGUGUGUGCCCGUGAGCUGCAAACCUGCUGUGUGUGUUCCCGUCAGCUGUAAGCCAGUUGUGUGUAUGCCCAUGAGCUGCCAGCCCACUAUGUGUGUGGCCCCCUCCUGCCAGUCUUCUGACAGCUGCCAGCCCUCCUGCUCCACCCUUCUCUGCAAACCCAUCACCUGUGGCAGCCCUGCCUGCUGCUGA